AUGGAGCAGGGGGAAGGAUCGGCGGACUUGACAGGACUUGCAGGGCAGAAGAAGAGGAUCCCUGCGUUUGUGCGGAAACUCAGGAGCAUGCUCGACAACAAAGAUGUCAUCCAGAUCAAGUGGACACCAGACGGUGCCGCUUUCCGGGUGUUCGACUCAGUUACUUUUUCCCGGGAUGUUCUUCCAAAUUAUUUCAAGCACAACAACUGGCAAUCCUUCAUUAGGCAGCUCAACAUCUAUGGCUUCAUCAAGCUGACCGAUGCGAUGCACACCGCCGCUGUCUCCCACUCCAACAGCACGCCCCAAAGUGAUUGGUCCUUCCGUCACCCUCUUUUCCUUCGCAAGUACCCACGGAGGAUGGAAGAGAUUAAGCGGCGCGCUCCCAAG